CCCCCUACCCACCUCAGCACCACAGGUGAGGAGUGAAAAAAAAUCGAGAAAAUUCGACGGCGAACGGGACUGAUGCCAGCAACAGAGCACGGGGAUUCAAAAAAUCAGAAUACAGCAGAUGUUGGAAAUCUGAAUGACAACAUGAAUCCCUAACUACAAGAGGCAAAGAAAAAUACGAGUGUUGGGCUAUCAAUGGUCUACUAUCGGAACACUCCUGAAAUUGUUUCUUCAUUCAGUUUUCAGUGUUGACUGUGGUCCCUUGGACUGUUGUAUCUUCGGGGGAGGGGGGGGUGGUGCUGGUGGAAAAGUGAAAGGAAAAGAGGAUAUUGUAUUGCCCAAAAAUGUUUGGACAGAAAAGACACAGACUCUUGCAAAGCUGGUAAUCUUACUACCCAUGCUGAAAACAUGUGACGUUCUUCUAUCAGUUUGGAGCCUGAGAAAGAGAGAGACAGAUAAUCGUGCAGGCUUGCGAUCAUGAUGUUUCGGGAUCAAGUCGGCGUGUUAGCUGGGUGGUUUAAAGGGUGGAAUGAAUGUGAGCAGACAGUAGCCCUGUUAUCCCUGCUGAAGAGGGUCAGUCGGACCCAGGCUCGCUUUCUUCAGAUCUGCUUGGAGCAUUCGCUGGCCGACUGCACUGACAUCCACAUAUUAGAAGGUGAAGCCAAUGAUGCUGCUUUCAUCAGCCAAUGGCAUCAGGAUCCAAAGGAAAAGGUUGUUCUGCAGUUGCUUUCCCAUCUUCCUUUACUUCAGCCUGGGAAUGUGGAGGCAAAGUCAGAAUAUAUGAAACUGCUACAGAAGGUGCUGGCCUAUUCCAUCGAUAGCAACCUCUUCAUCGAAGAGAGUAGACAGCUGUUAUCCUAUGCACUAAUCCAUCCUGCCACGUCACUGGAUGACCGGAGUUCUCUGGCCUUAUGGCUAACCCACUUGGAGGAACGCAUGUCAACCAACUAUAGCUCGCAAAAUGUGAGCCCAGCAGACUCUUUGUACACAGGCGUGUACAACCAAAAUCAAAGGCAGAAUGUUGAAGACAAGCUAAAUGAAUGGCAAAGUCGAGCAGAUAGCAGCAUGUGCAUAACUGUCCCUGCUUGGCAGGAGAAGCCAAUGACCUGUGAGAAUGGACAUUUGCCUCUGCAUACAUCUGCAUCGGUGCCAUCUGCAAUGAACAACAUUGGAAGCAAUACAAGUACAGUUCUCCAAGGCCAAACCCAAACCAACCACAGCCCUCUGAAGCGCUCAGUUUCCCUCACACCACCGAUCAACAUGACAAACCAGUCUGCGGUCAGCGAAUGGAUGUCUCCAGAAGACCUGCGUACCAGAGCAGUCUACGCCCCAUCAGACCAUGCACCACUCUCCCCGCAGAGCAGCAUAGCCUCCUCUGGGAGUGGUGGCAGUGAGCAGACUGAGGAACAGGGGUCAAGUCGCAACACAUUUCAGGAGGAGGGGAGUGGCAUGAAAGACGUGCCCACUUGGUUAAAGAGUCUUCGAUUACACAAGUAUGCAUCUCUCUUCUCUCAGCUAACCUAUGAGGAGAUGAUGACUCUGACCGAACACCAGCUGGAAUCUCAGAAUGUCACAAAGGGAGCACGGCACAAAAUAGCCUUGAGCAUUCAGAAGCUACAUGAGCGACAGGGUGUGCUGAAAUCCUUAGAAAAGGACAUUCUUGAGGGAGGAAAUCUUCGAAAUGCCCUUCAAGAGCUGCAGCAAAUAAUUAUAACCCCAAUCAAGGCUUACACAACACCUCAAAUGACCCCCAAAGAAGGUCACGAGACAGGCACCAAUAGCUCCUCCAAUACUAUACCUGGACUGGGCACAGACAGCCGAACAACCAAAACUGCUGCUGAAAAGGAUUCUACAUCUGAUGGUUUUCAGUCCCAGAGUGUGCCAACAUGUGAUGGAGAAUCAGCAGCAGCUCCUGUAUCUGAAGGUGAUAUUCCUGGACAGUUCACCAGAGUCAUGGGGAAAGUUUGCACUCAGCUGCUGGUGUCCAGACCAGAUGAAGAAAAUAUAAGCUCUUACUUGCAGCUCCUCGAGAAGUGCCUGGCUCAUGAGGCUUUUACUGAAACACAGAAGAAAAGGCUAUUCUCAUGGAAGCAGCAAGUGUUUAAACUGCUGAGGUCUUUUCCUAGGAAGGCCUUGCUAGAAAUGCCAGGUGUUCGGCAGCGAAGCUGGGGUUUCAGUCAGUCAAGUUCACUCCCCACAGCCGGCUCUGUGGUUGGUGGACUAGGCAGGCGAGGCCAACGGCCGUUUCAGGUGCCUCCACGGGGUCUGUCUGCAAACCGGAUGGGUCUGAUUGGCACUUCAGCUGCUAGUCUGGGUGGUGUUUCUCCAAGGCAUACGCUUAAUCCAUUGACAAGUCAAGGCAGGCAGAACCUAUGGUUUGCAAACCCAGGUGGUAGUAAUAGCAUGCCCAGUCAGAGCCGCAGUUCUGUGCAACGGACGUACUCGCUACCUGUGCAUACCUCCCCACAGGCCAUCCUGAUGUUCCAGCAGCCAGAAUGCCAAGUGCCAGUGACAGAACCAGAGAUUAAUACCAGACUAGAAUCUCUGUGUCUCAGUAUGACCGAGCACGCGUUAGGAGAUGGAGUGGACAAGACAUCAACUAUUUAGUACGCUGUACUUAGCUUGUGAACACUUAAUGAGAGACUGACAUUACACAGCAGCUGCAGGAAAUGCCACUGAAGUUUUGAGGGUCACUACACCUUACAAAUGUAUAUCUUCGCUGAUCUUUAUUUAACCUUCGGGGAAAUAGACCGAUAUCCAAACUACUUCCGGUCCAUUUUCCAGUAUAUUUUUUGUUUUAAAGUUUUUUUCAGUACCCAACUGGUAAAAGGUUCUGAACCGGUACAAGUAAAUCAUAUAGCUCAAAUUUUAAUUUAAAUAAAACUGGGAAUUAAAAUGAAAUUAGUGAUUGACAGUGUAAGGUGGUGAGCAGUGCUCAUGACAGAAAGAGAGGAGACGGGAACUCUUGGUUGAUAUUACAAUGGUCUUAACAGAAACCUGUACGUGCUGUGCUGUCAUGCAGGUCUGGUACCCAGUAUGGACAGUACUAGGCAGUAGUACAGGUCUGGCUUUUGCAUCUGUCUAUCACUAAUUUAACCUAAAGCCUCUGGUCAACUGUCAGUAAUGCAUACAACUUAACUGUUAAAAGUUUUAGAAUAUGUAAAAGAGGUGUUCUGUUCUGAAACCCACAUUACUUUUAAAAACAAAAAUCAUUAUCCAAUUUGCCUUCAGUUAAGAUGCUGCAAAGAGGAUUAAUCACUGGUGAACAAAAUGAGGAAACAACUGACUUUUUUUAAUCUGGUGUUGCUAAUAUUCACCUGCAUAUUUGUGCAUGUAUUGACAGCAGAAAUAAAUCUGUGAACAGGCUACUGCCUUGCACAGUUUUGACUGAAUUCUCUCCCUCGACCCUUGUUCUCCAUAAUUGAUAAUGUUCAGUUUCAUAACUGUUGAUGCAUUGCAGGGGGCGUAUCACAAUGAAGCCACCCUACUCCCAACCUUUUUUUAAACUUAUCAGGGUUCUUGAAGGAGCCUCAAUGUGUCUCACUUAAUAGGCUGUGGGUAAUUUCUUCUUUUGUUUGUUUUGGAAUUUUAUGGAUACCAACUCAAUAUUUUGGGAAUUUGGAGCAGUGAGAUCUCACUGACUUCCAGAACACUGGCAACAGGCUGAAGAGUUUGAGGUGAUAGGAGGACUUCAAAGUGGCAUUUGGCUCUUCCAGUCAGAUUACUACUGUUGCUUGGAGUUAGAAAAACUUGAAAGAACUAAAAUACCUUAAACAAGUCUUGAUGAAGCAACACCUGUGAGCAAACAGACUGUCUAUCUGUCUAAACUACCCUGUCGGAGCUGGCAUUUCCAGAGCUUGACACACUUUAACUAAGGAACUGUUUUUGAUAUUGGAUCCUGACUGUUAAAAGACUAGGUUCUGAUUUUUCCCCAGUCCCUGAAAAAGAAACCGGAAAUUGGCCCUUCCUUCAACCCCCUCCACUAUAGUGUCCACCUUCAUCUCAGUAAUCUUGUGAACCCAGACUAAAAUAUAGCAAAAAAAAAAAUUUGGUCUGGUACCAGAAUAGCUGAGAAACUUACUGCAGAAAUUCUGGGGUUAAACCUGUAACACUCCAACUGCAGAAAACUCUGCUUGCAGUGUCUUAGGAUGGAAUUGAAAGUCUAUCCUGAUGCUUUAUAGUAAUCGUGUCUAACACGAAUUUUGCCAUAUUUGCUGGACUAUAUUUGCCAAUGGAUUGCAGGGAGGGGCAGGGGAGAAGAUUGCAUGAAACUAGCUUUGCUGGUGCACUCUAGAUUUUUUUUGAUUAAUAAAUGCAGCAGACAUUGAUCUUUACCUGCUGCUUUAAACACCAAAUAAAUUUGCAAGACCAGGCAUUCUCAGUAAGACUAUGUACUGAGAAUUCAGUUGUUGUUUGUUCCUGCUGUGUAAAUACAGAAAUCUUUUAUAGCCAAAUAGUGGGAUACUGAUAUUUCACUAUUUUAAACGUGUUUGCAUUUCAUGUCACUCAUUUGUCAGUGAGGAAUAUAUAAACUUAAAUAUGUAGGUAAAUUGUUGUUUGUGCAAUCUCCUGCAACCCCGCCCAGUUGGAGAGUUGUGUUUGCAGGUGGAAAGGAACCAGUCUCUAUCCUCAUUUGUCCAAAUGCAACAUUGACAACUAAAAAAAAUCCUUGUUUUCUACAUUUUUGUAAUGUUGGUGCUUUCAGAACAUAAUAUUUCUUUCUGUAAUGAUGCAAGAAAGGUAACCUUAUUUUUUUGAAAAACUUAACAGAAGCGAGAAGUUAGGGAGAUGUGUAACUCUCCCUGAUCGCUUACAGUUGCAUUUAAAGAGUUCAUAGGUCAUAAUUUUCUAGCAUGAGGCACAGAAUGGGGGGAGGGAACGUGUAUGUUCAAAGAAGGAAGGUUUCAUGUAUAUAGUAAAUGUAUGUAUGGAAAAGUGAGAUUAAUUCUCGAAAGGGUAUCAGUUAUAUAAGGGCCUGUUUAUAUGAAUCACAUUUUGUUUUUGGAGUCUUGUGGCUUCAGCAAAGAAGUUUUGUGUUUACAUUUUAGGAGGGGGGCAUGCACAACACAGGCAUGACUUUAAAUGACUUUGGAUAUCAUAAUGGUCCUGUCGCACUGAUCAAUGUACAUAUUCUCAACUUGCCUCAGGGCUGUUCUAGCUGCCGUCGUCUUGAAGAGGCGAGUACAGGGGUAGGAAGACCAAUGCCCGCUCCCAGAGCAGACUCUAAAAGAACAAAGAAUUUGAUUGCUCCAUGCAAGGAAUCACCUGUACUCGUAAACUCACUUUUUUUGUUUGCAAAAUCACAAUUGCUUUGUCCAUUUCUCAGUACAGUUGCUGAGUGGCUGCCAUAAUUAAAACAAGAGUAUGGGGCAGCUGGUCAUCCUGUCCAUGAAAAGAAUGGACUUGAACCUUUCCUAUUCACCUGAUUUCCUGUUCAGAUACAAUAAAAACCAAAUUCUAGUAAUAUAAUAAAAGAUAUAGUGGCAAGUACCUACUUUUCCAUGAGAUCCAAAUGGACUUGUAAUUUGUACAACGUUAUUUUGCACAGCAUUAGAAAUCCCUUUUGAGAUUUGUGCCUUUUGAUUUUUGCAAUUUCUGCAAUUUACUUUUACAACUCCUACCCGACAGCUGCGGGAAAGGUUUUUAAAAAUUAUACAACUAAAGCCAUGGGUACGUUAUAAAACUUGGGUGCCUUGUUUGCCAAAUGAUCUGGCUGAUUGGCCUGACUGUAAAGAUGCUGCUCGUAUUCAAAUCUGUGUGUGAUUUAUCCAGACUCUGAAGGGAAGUUAAAAUGAGGGUGGUCAUUUAUUUCCAUUCCAAAAUACACCAGAUACAGUUCCUGCUACAGAAUGCAAGGGUUAAUAUUCCCAACUCCUUUAUCUUUCCAUUUUUUUGGCUUAAUACAACAACCUAUCUGUUGCAGUUUAUAUUUUUAUAAUUCAUAAAAUGAGAUCCCUAGAUGUGUUUUGCAUCACUUAAGUUUGAACUUUGCUACGCUGCUACAGAGUGUGGCUCGGCUCAGCACUGCACUUAGCUCAAUGUGCUGACCGUUUCUGUUGCUGGGCUGUGGAGAUUCUGGCUUUGUUUUUGCUUGCAAUGUUUCCCUGACCCUUUCCAGAGGCUACAGUUUGAUAUACCAUCUCCAAAAACAGUUUAUGGCUGCAGCCAAGCGCUGAAAUUAGCAGCUUUUUAUAUUACUUAGUGUCAUGGAUGCCAGAUUGCCUGAGGAAAACCAGGACUUGUUACCAUUGCACUUUAUUUUUUAAGAAACAAGGACGAUCUGAUCAUUUUAUGUUGGGCUUAAAUAUUCAACUUCCAUCAUUCUUUACAAAGUUGGGUGCCAAGUGUGGUGAUGCAAGACCAGUAUGGAGUCCCCAAAGUGUGAUUAUUUUCCAAACUGCAUGUAAAGCUAAUAAAUAAAUUGUUAUUCAGUUCAUGUAGAA